CGUCAUGGAAAGAGUUACUUUGCUGCUGAUGGGAUAGGAAGAUCAUCUUAAACGAUUAUAGGAACGUGUAUUUGGGUGUUUCCCGGACGUCAGCUGAGACAAUACACAUCGUUUGUAUAUUGCAUUAUGUUGGGGCUGGAUGCUCGCGAACCUGUUUUGUUCUGAAAAUGGAGCAAGUUCCUAAAGGAAUGUGGAUCAAGCCCAGAAUGCACUAGGAUGUAGUCAUUACUCAUCGCUCUCCGUUUCGUCAAAAUGCUAUUCCUCUGCCUCGAGCACUUUGUUUCUGUGUUGGGACUAAAGGUUGCGACAAUGUUUUGAUAUUAUUUCACAUGGGGAUGUAUAACAAAGCGGAUUUUGUGUGGAUUGCUUCUCUUGCACCAAGGCGAACGAUAAAGUCUCUCCAAGGGAUUACAGUGGUCGUCUCCAUCUUAGCAGUUGUUUCAUGGAAAUAACUUUUUUUUGUGAUUGAGCCGGUGCGUCUGUGGUUGGAGAUGGCGAGUUGAUUUUUUGUUGCUAUUGUUUAAGUGGCACUGAUCUUGCACAUAUUGAAAUGGGCUUUUGGUAAAUCCAUGGAAUGCUUGAAGUAUCGUUUGGCAAAGUUAUAGAAAGGCCUAAAGUUAACUGCAGUGGAAUGUUUUCUUUUUAGCCAUCUGCUGUAACGCAAUAGCUAAUUACGCAUGUGUAGCACAGGAAAACAAGUCGAUACAACGUUUAUAACGUUCUUGAUGAUGAAUUGUCCUUGACAAACGCUUCAGAGACUAGUGACAAUUAAAUACGCCUGGGGCAUUACUUGUUUGUAAACAGCCGAAGUUGGGACGUCUCCGCUGGCUUUCAUUCGCAUUUAAAUUUCUUGAAACCGAAGAUGACGUCAGCCGCAUAAUUGAAAGCAUAAAAGCUUUUAACAGCUUUCUUAUUGUUUUUGUAGUGUGGCUUGUAGCAUAAACAUUCCCAAGGGUCUUUAGAUUCACCCAGUAGUUGCAAUGAGUUGAAAAGAACCAGAAAGCAACCAAGGUUCUACCUUUUUACUUUAUAUUCCUUUGUUCUUAAACCUGUCAGCAUAGAGAGUCACAAUGUCCCUCAAAGCUAAGGCGCUGUAUACUUUCCAAAGUGAGAAUAAGGAUGAAAUCAAUAUUCAGGAGAAUGAGGAGCUGGUUAUUUUUGAUGAGAACUCUAUUGAUGGUUGGUUGCAAGGGGAGAACAGCCGAGGAGAGAAAGGCAUUUUCCCAGCCUCUUAUGUGGAGAUUAUCAGGCCACGCUCCAACUCUAACCUGACGGACUGCUCCAUAAGCCCAGCUGGCUCCCCUGGCAAUGACUCUUCCUAUUUUCCCUCGGGCUCCAACACCUCUGGUUCCUUUAACAUGCAGCCGAGUUACUAUGACGACGACGAUGACGACUGGGAUGAUUGGGACGACAGCUCCACUGUGGUUGAGGAUGAAGACCCCCAUGGGCGAGGCGCCAACGGGCAUGCCCACCGAAGCUCCUACAAUAACCCCAAUGUUCAUUACCGUGCCAAGCCUCACAUGGAGAGACAGGACAGCAUCUCCAGCUCAAGAAAAGGCAGUAUGGUGGGCAGAAACCUCAACCGGUUUUCCAGCUUCGUUCGAUCUGGGGUAGAAGCCUUCGUUCUGGGUGAUGUGCCUAUGAUGGCGAAAAUAGCAGAGUCUUAUAAUAUUGAGAUGGGGCCCAAAGGGGCGCAGUGGGGUCUGAGCCCUCAGCCCUUUUCCUGCUCCAUUGAAGACCCCACCAAGCAGACCAAGUUCAAGGGCAUUAAGACCUACAUAUCCUACAGAGUGACCCCUAGUCACACUCCCCGGCCUGUGUACCGACGCUACAAGCACUUUGACUGGCUGUACAACAGGCUACUGCACAAAUUCACCGUCAUCUCUGUGCCCCAUCUGCCCGAGAAGCAGGCGACAGGCCGCUUCGAGGAGGACUUCAUUGAAAAGCGCAAGAGACGGCUAAUCCUCUGGAUGGACCACAUGACCAGUCACCCAGUCCUCUCGCAGUACGAGGGCUUCGAGCACUUUCUCAUGUGUGCGGACGACAAGCAGUGGAAGCUGGGGAAGCGGCGCGCGGAGAAGGACGAAAUGGUGGGCGCCCACUUCAUGCUCACCCUGAAGAUCCCCAACGAGCAUCAAGACCUGCAGGACGUGGAGGAGAGGGUGGACACCUUCAAGGCCUUUGCCAAAAAGAUGGACGACAGUGUCAUGCAACUGACCCACGUGGCCUCGGAGCUGGUGCGUAAGCACCUUGGAGGUUUCCGAAAGGAAUUUCAGAGACUGGGCAAUGCCGUUCAGUCCAUCAGCCAGGCUUUCAUGUUGGAUCCCCCUUACAGCUCAGACGCUUUGAACAAUGCAAUCUCCCACACAGGCCGCACGUAUGAAAACAUUGGGGAAAUGUUUGCAGAGCAGCCUAAGUUUGAUCUUUUUCUCAUGCUGGACAAACUCUCUCUCUACCAAGGCCUGCUGUCCAACUUCCCUGACAUCAUUCACCUACAGAAAGGUGCCUUUGCGAAGGUGAAGGAGAGCCAGCGCAUGUGCGACGAGGGCAAGAUGGACCAGGACGAGGCGGACGGCGUGCGCAAGCGCUGCCGGACUGUGGGCUUCGCCCUGCAGGCCGAGAUGAACCACUUCCACCAGCGCCGCGAGGUGGACUUCAAGGACAUGAUGCAGGCCUACCUCCAGCAACAGAUUGUCUUCUACCAGCGCGUGGUCCAGCAGCUGGAACGCACCCUGCACAUGUACGACAGCCUCUAGAGCCACGGGGUGUUCCUCACACCUACCCCCUGAACCCCUCGACCCCCUCCCCGCCCCCCGACCAACCUCGAUCCUCCUUGACCAGGGCCGGCCCUGUUCCACCCCCCCCCCCCCCAUUCCUGCCUCUGAAAAGCCAUCUGUUAUCCUUCUCAGCCUGAUUGCCGGACUGCUUUGAACAUGGGCAUGAAUACCAGGGAAUUCAGUUAAAUUGUUUUUAACCUUCCCUUGAAAUGAAAAGGCCUGUUACAACGGACAGCUGUUUCAGGAUUUAACAGCGAGUCUUAAAGCUGGUCAUGCCAGCCUGUGCACUUACAAAGUCACUUUCUUGGCUGAGUCUGCAGCCAACGUUUUUUUACAUGACCAGGAACGUAUAUGUACUUCUGCCUUCGAUUGAGAGUAUUUCAAAUGUAUCUUGUUACCAUGAAAGGAGUUUUAUAUGGCUACAAUGUAUCUUAUUUAAAUGUCUUUUAAAACAUUAAAUAACAUACAUUUUGUCAGUAUGAGUUUCAGUUGUUUUGCUAGGUUGGUGUUGACCAAACCCACUCAGGUCAUGGCACUAGGUGCUUGGGGUAGGUAACCGCUCCUCCAAGCCAGCACUGCACCCUAGCAUCUUUACAGCUUUAUAGAUGGUAAUGCAUAAAGGGAAUUACCCUCUUACUUGCAUCAUUUAGUGGUCACAACAAGUGCCUGUGGCAAGAGAUAGCACAGUUUUACUUUGGUUGGUUUAAACAGAGCUGAUCCUCUUUGGUCUCUCUGGUCUUCUUGUGUAGAACUGUUAUAUCCUUCCAGCUCUAGAGUAAAGGCCUCAGGCUUCUGGUAAUGUGGAUGUUUGUGUCUGUGAGGCAAUUAUUUUGCUUAUGUUUUGCAAUUUUCCUCCUGUUGAGAAGCAUAGUCAAACACUACACUGAUUGACAAUACUUGAUAUGAGCAAGAACUGUGUCGCUAGGCUUCAUGUGAUCAAAGAUAGACUUGGGUUUAUGUUGUAGAACACUGUGUGUCUGAUGAUAGCCAAAGUCCAAACAAUUUUGUUCUCGGCAAAAUCUGUGAUGAUGGAUGAAAUGCCUGGUUGCUUUGUGGUGUGUGCACACUCUGCAGGACACUGGGGGUCUGGGGUAUUCUAAGCAGCAGUGUUGAACACACAUUUGAUUUUAGGUUGCAAAUUUGGAUGACCUCUAAAGCCAACUAAUUGUGUUAGUUUUAAGUUCUACUUUGAGGUGGGGAAAAUGAGCACACAUGCUAGACACAGCGAGCACAUGACAACCCUGUACCUGUGACGAUUCUCAACUCCGUAAUUUGAAACUACACAAUCACUCAAAAGGCAUCAGCUCUGGAGAUUGCUUUUACCUCAGGCUCUGUGUAGACGAAGUGGUUUGUUUCCAGUAGAUGUAUGACUGUAGGACUGAGUCAGGGCUGCAUGCUGCCUCUGUGGCCGUUUCUCCAGAACUAUUUGUUUGACCUUUUUUUGCGGGAAGUAUAUGUCAUUGCUGGAAUGUAGUCGUGUCCUGGGACACCUUUAUUCUAUUCUAUUGUUCACAGACCAAAGCAUUGUCAGUUUGGACUUGAUGCCAAAAAAAGGGUACUUGUGUUACGUUAAAACAAAGCGAGGAGUCAGUGCUCGAUUUUCUACUUUUUCCCCCUCCAGGCUACCAUCUUUGGCUAGUCCAAACAAACACAAACUUUGUAGACAGUAUUUGCAGUAGUUUAGUAGACAGUUGCCUGGAAAUGGACUCACGGGAGGCAGAGCUUGGAGAGGCUGCAGGGAACUGUGGAAUGCCGAGGACUGCCUGUUCGAGUCAUAUGACCGCAGUUCUCUCAGUGUCCUCUGGCACACAAGAGCCUGAGUUGCUGUGGUCAUCAUGACUUACGAUCUGAGACAUAUCACCAGUGAAGGGACUGCAGAUCUCACACGCAUGACUCUGAGGUACCUCCGAGGACGUGUUGGGCUUUGUGAACUUGUGAACUGGUUCCUGAUGGAACGAAAGAGUGAAAUAACACAAUGUCUUAAAUUUCCAGUAGUUUCAUAAUGUCACUAAAGGAGAACUCAUGAUGUCUUAAUAAAGAUUAAAUUGUUAUAAAUGUA